AUGGGAGGGAGAGAUUUAUAUCGAACAAGAUGCGACGAGUCCAUCACAGCAAAGCAAGGUGAAGAUCAUCAACAUCAACAACAACAACAUCAUCAUCAUCUUUUCACUGACAGCAUCAUGAAGACUCUCUGCUUUACUCUGGGGCUGCUGCUGCUCACCAUCUGCUGCUGCAACGCCAUACCUACCGCUCUAAAGUUCAACACACAACCUGUGAACUGCUGCUUCAGCGUUUACAACAACAGCAUACCACUGAAGUUUGUGUCCAGUAUAACCAAGACCCACAGAUCCUGCCAGACGCAGGCAUUCAUAGUCCAGACUAUCAAAGGAAGACAGAUCUGCUACGAUGAAACUUUCGGUUGGGCUCUGCGUGCCUACAAUCGUUUCCACAACACUGAGGGCAGCGGUCAGCUGCACUGAUGAUAUAUUAUUGCAUAAUAUUGUGCUAAAUCUGUGCCUGUUUUUUCAGGCUUAAAUGUGUGAAUUUUACUAUAUUUUAAUAAAAA